UCGCACCAUGCCCGGGGUGACCGGUUUAGGCCCCUCCACCUUCUCCGUGGAAACUGCGACCCCGUGUGCCAGGAAGAAAAUGCAUUUUGGUAGCAUACAUGAUGCAGUACGCGCUGGAGAUGUAAAGCAGCUUUCAGAAAUAGUAGAACGUGGUGCCAGCAUUAAUGAAGUUGAUGUUCUCCAUAAAUUUACCCCUUUACAUUGGGCAGCACAUUCUGGCAGUUUGGAGUGUCUUCAUUGGCUCCUCUGGCAUGGAGCUGAUCUCUCACAAGCAACCGUGAGAGGUUGGACGGCAGCUCACAUAGCUGCCAUGGGACAGGAUGCUUGCAUGCAGGCUCUUAUAAUUAAUGGAGCCAAUCUGGCAGCUCAAGAUGAUCGUGGAUGCACUCCUUUACACCUUGCUACAACACACGGACAUUCUUUCACUUUACAAAUAAUGCUCCGAAGUGGAGUGGAUCCUAGCGUGACUGAUAAGAGAGAGUGGAAACCUGUGCGUUAUGCAGCUUUUCAUGGGCGGCUUGGCUGUUUGCAACUUCUCAUUAAAUGGGGAUGUAGCAUAGAAGAUGUGGACUACAAUGGAAACCUUCCAGUUCACUUAGCAGCCAUGGAAGGCCACCUUCACUGUUUUAAAUUCCUACGCAGUAGAAUGAACAGUGCCUCCCAAGCUUUGAAAGCCUUCAGUGAUAAUGGAGAAAAUGUAUUGGACCUAGCCCAGAGGUUCUUUAAGCAGAACAUUUUACAGUUUAUCCAGGGGGCUGAGUAUGAAAGAAAUGAUCCAAAAGAUCAAGAAACUUUAGCAUUUCCAGGUCAUGUGGCUGCCUUUAAGGGUGAUUUGGAAAUGCUUAAGAAAUUAAUAGAAGAUGGAGUAAUCAGUAUUAAUGAACGUGAUAAUAAUGGAUCAACUCUUAUGCAUAAAGCUGCUGGGCAAGGCCACAUAGAGUGUUUGCAGUGGCUAAUUAAAAUGGGAGCAGACAGUAAUAUUACCAACAAAGCAAGGGAGAAACCCAGUGAUGUGGCUAAGAGUAUGCGGGCCUCUCACUGUUGCGGCUUCUCCCAUUGCGGAGCACAGGCUCCGGACACACAGGCUCAGCGUCCAUGGCUCACGGGCCCAGCCGCUCCACGGCAUGUGGGAUCCUCCCGGACCGGGGCAUGAACCCGUGUCCCCUGCGUCGGCAGGCGGACUCUCAACCACUGUGCCACCAGGGAAGCCCUCCCCUAACCUGUUGAAGGAUGUCUUGUUUGUAUCUACUUUUUGGGGAUUAUGAAUAAAGCUGCUAUAAACAUUCACAUACAGAUUUUUGUGUGAACAUAAGUUUUCAGUUCACUUGAGUAGUACGUAGGAAUAGGAUUGCUGAGUCAUAUGCUAAGAGGGUGUGUUUAUCUUUAUAAGAAACUGCCACAGUGCCUUCCAAAGUGACUGCACCAAUUUGCAUUCCAUCAGCAGUGGAUGAGUGUUUCUGUUGCUUCUUAUCUUGCCAGCAUUUGACAUUGUCAGAUUUUUUGAUU